AUGGUAGUUAUUGUGGACCAGACUAAAGCCAAUUCCCUCUUUCUUAUUAUAGCAGGCUUGGGAGGAAUAUCUAGCAUUUGUCGUUCAGACUAUAAUCUUCCUCUAUUCAUAUUUGUUUGGUGGAGCUACUUUAAUUUUCCUGAGAGUCAGAAGUCACGCCAACAGAGGUUUAUUCGCAGGUUUAUUCUACUUUCAUGUUUACAAGAUAUCAUUUACAUACUUUAUUGGUCUCCCUUGUGGUUUUCUAUGCAAUGGAAAACUAAUGAACCUUCCACUUUUGGGAGUCACAUAUUGAUCAUCAUUAUUGCAGUCAUCAACUUAUUUCUAAAGUUAAUUACUUUAUUCGUUCUAAAAGGAGGGACAGGUUUUGCUUCAAACCAAGUUAUUGUAUAUAACAACUAUUAG